AUGUUGCUAAUGUGGAAAUUAUAUACAGUUUCGAUCGUUUCAUUGAUUUUGCUUCAAUAUUCGGUGGUGCUUGUGGAUGGAGUUAAUAAUGAUGAAAAUUUUUAUUUCGCAAAUAGCAACAAUAAAUUUUUGUAUAAGCAGAAAGAAGAUUGUGAAAAUAAUUUCUAUUUUGACUUUGAUUACUUUCAAUGUCGUUUAUGCGAUUUGAAUUUUAAUUUGCGUCCAUCUGGGCAAAGAGAUGAAUGUAUUUGCAGUGAGAACUCAACAGAAAUUAUUACCUAUGACAAUAUUUUGAAGAGACCUGUUUGUGAAAAAGAUGCGAAUGCUAGUAAAAAGUUUAAAAGUUUGUGUUCAUUCUAUACGGUCAAUGCCACAGCUUUUUCAACACUUCGAAAAGCUGUCAGAAUUUAUCCAAAGCCCCAAAACCAAAACUGUUCAUGUGACGAAAAGUUGAAUGAGAAUUAUCAUGGAGAAUAUUGUAUCAAGAAAGAGUUAUUCAAAGACUACAAAAAUUACGAGAAUUAUGAGUAUUUGCCUUUAACUAAGUCUCUGAAUCUUCGUUAUGAAUUAAAGUUUGUAGUCUUUUUCUGCAAAGUGCUACACAUAAGAAGUCAAUGCAAUUUUCUCGCCAAUCUUUGUGUUUUAACUCUCUUUGAUAUUAAGAAAAAUGGGCCAUGCUAUCCUUUCUUCAGCCAACAAAAUCAACAGAAAGGAUUAUUUCCUGAUCAAAAUAUAAAUGAAGGGAACGAAUAUGAUGGUGGGGAGAAAAUUAAGCCGUUUCUCUUCUUCAACAAUGAAAGAUCUUCUGAGAGGUCAUCGGAGACGUUAGAUUUGUCAUUUGAGACAUUAGAUCAAUCGAACAACACUUUAAACUUCACCUUAGUCAGCUACAACUUGGAAGGAACUUUAGUUGAAAUGCGCCCAUUUAAAUUGAGUGACUUGAAUUUAUGCCAACUCAGUCCACCGGUCAAUAUUUGGCAGUCAAAAGUUCAAUUUGGAAGGAAUUUCUUUAACAAGUGUACAAUUAACCUUCGUGAAAUUUACAAACUUGGCUUUUUAAAAACAAAAUUCAUUUCAAUAUUCUUAAAUUUCUAUAAAAACCAAGAAAAUAUUUUGAAAAAUGUUCCAGUUUUGAUAAGAAGUCCAUCAACAGUUAAUCAAAACGCUGAAACGAAUGAGUGGCAACUCAUCAAACGAUUUUUCCUUAUCGACACAAUAUCAGGUCGCCAACUUAAACCUGAUGGAAAGAACUCCUCGACAAAAGUCAACAAUGCACCAUCAGAAUCUUCCUUCAACAAAGAAUUCAGCCAAAUAAUAUUUGCAAAAAAUAUUGAAUUACAAUUUCACAUAAAAGAAAAUGCUGAAGUUGAAACAGAUCGUAGAAAUGUGAUAAAAAUGCCAACAUUAAUUAUUGAAUAUGGUGUUCUAAAUAUUACUGAAAGAUCUAAUCGAUAUAAAAACUCUUCAAGUAUCGACAAUGUUGAUGAUUAUUUGUAUAACGUUGAAACAUCUUUUAAAAUCACAUUCAUCAAACGACCUAAUCUUAAUGUUUUCUUCCAAAUCAUAUUGCCAAUUUUACUUUCAAUGUCGUUGAUUUGUGCAUUGUUUCAAACGUAUUUCUGGAAAAUUCGUCAGCAGAAAAUUGAAUACGAUUUAAGAACUUUAAUGAACUUUCUCAUUAAUUUGUUGGCAACAAUUUCGAACUCGUUGUUCAUUUUUGUAGCAUUAAUCACAUCGUACAUUUUAUUCCUUUAUAAAACACAACAUAAACGAAUUUUCCUUAUGUUGCCAUUGAAAAAAGAAGAAGAAAUCGUUGGAUUACUUUUAUCAAUCGCUCUGAUUUUUAAGAUUAUUAAGUUGAUGAAAAUAUUCUGCGACAUUGCUGGUUUUGAUAUAUUUUUCAUCGAUUUUGAACGUCCGAAAUAUCACGCGGAGAAUAUUUUCAACACUUCAAUGCCAAAAUCUCAUCCAGGUACUCCAUCAAUUGCUUCCAGUAUCAAACCGAUGAUUUCUUCACCUUCGCAAUCAAACGAAUGCGUGUCAGCAUGGAGAAAUUAUUUCAUUGCAAACGAAUGGCAGGAGUUAAUGACAAAACGGAAAAUAUCAAUUCAUUUGCAUGUUGUCUUUGUCAUUACCACCCUAAUGGUUUGUUGA